CCCGGAGCCGGCGCGAGUGGAGGGGCGCGCGGCCGGGCUGGCAGCCGCAGGUGGGGCUGCUCACGGCGACGGACCUAGCCCGGGAGCCCCGGAGCCCCGGAGCCCCGGAGCCCCGCGGAGAGUGCCCAGGAUGCCCCGCGGGGACUCCGAGCAGGUGCGCUACUGCGCGCGCCUCUCUUACCUCUGGCUCAAGUUCUCGCUGGUCAUCUACUCCACGGUGUUCUGGCUGAUCGGAGCCUUGGUCCUGUCGGUGGGAAUCUAUGCAGAGGUGGAACGACAGAAAUAUAAGACCCUUGAAAGUGCCUUUCUGGCCCCGGCCAUCAUCCUCAUCCUCCUGGGGGUCAUCAUGUUCAUCGUCUCCUUCAUUGGCGUGCUGGCUUCCCUCCGUGACAACCUGUGCCUUCUCCAAGCGUUUAUGUACAUCCUUGGGAUUUGCCUUAUAAUUGAGCUCAUCGGUGGCGUGGUGGCCUUGAUCUUCCGGAACCAGACCAUCGACUUUCUGAAUGACAACAUUCGAAGAGGAAUCAAGAACUACUAUGAUGAUCUGGACUUCAAAAACAUCAUGGACUUUGUUCAGAAGGAGUUCAAGUGCUGUGGCGGGGAAGACUACCGGGAUUGGAGCAAAAACCAGUACCACGACUGCAGCGCCCCCGGGCCGCUGGCCUGUGGGGUGCCCUACACCUGCUGCAUCAGAAACACGACGGAAGUGGUCAACACCAUGUGCGGCUACAGAACCAUUGACAAGGAGGUAAUGCUUUUGCAAUCUUUUUCCUUGAGAAAGGUUGCUCUUCCUGUCCCAUCCCCAGAGUGAUGGGAAGG